GCGCAGCAGUCCAACAGUGUUGAGUCAACGUUGCAUCUGGGAGGCUGAGAGAGGAGAGGAGGCAGCGGCAUCUCUGCUCUGCUGUGGCGAGACAGAGGAGAUGACAUAGCGACUGGACCAGCUACAGUCACUCUGACACCUGUACCCGACUGCGCCAUUGUCUUUUGUCAUCUGUUUAAUUAGAUACUGCUAUUUCUGUCGCAUGCUUCCCACCGAUGCCCUCGGUGAGCUGCCCUCAUACAGAUUUUGAUCUAAGUUGAGGCACGCUAGCGCUAGCUCGCUGCUGCUACCCUUCAAAAUUGAAGUGGUCACAUAAACAUGCGGAUCAUCGAGGCGGAGACCCCCGGGAUACCUCUAAACGCUUUCAACAGGACACGACUUUCGACUGGCCGCUGACUGGACUCUGCAGAGUCGCCGUAGAGGGGAAAGAGCGACGGAUCUCAAGGACCAGAUUGCCUGCUGAACUUUUUGCCUCAACGACAGAUCGCCAGGGACCAUGCUGGCCAUCCUAGCUGCUGGCUCUAUUUUCUUUCCAGGCCUUUUCCUGCUGUCCAAACAAUGCCUGAAGACCAUUCCAGGACUGAGAUGGAGCGAAGGGGACGCAGUGAUUGUAUCAGCUAGGUUGGUGUCCUCAAUUCAGGCAGUCAUGGCUUCCUCAGCAGGCUACAUCAUUGCCUCUUCCUGUGAAGACAUCAUUGAGGACCAGCACUGGCUCACGAGCAGUUACAUCAUGUUCGCCGUUCCCUACUUUGUGUACGACAUCUACGCCAUGUUCAUGUGCUACUGGUACAAGCUCCGGGUCAAAGGGCACGAGGAGGCCUCGGCGGCACCCCAGCACAUGAGCUCGGCGCUGACCAGCUACUUGCGUCGCGAGUUCCUCAUGGUGCUGCACCAUGUUGUCAUGGUCACCGUCUGCUUCCCCGUCUCUGUGUUUUGGCGACAAGGAAAGGGCGAUUAUUUCCAGGGCAUAAUGUUCAUGGCUGAGCUCAGCACUCCGUCUGUCUGCUUAGGAAAAAUACUCAUCCAGUACAAACAGCAGCACACUCUCCUGCACAAAGUGAAUGGGGCUCUUAUGCUGAUCACUUUUUUCAUCUGUCGAGUCCUACUCUUCCCUUACCUCUACUACGUCUACGGAAGGUACGCAUCCAUUCCCUUCCACAUGGUUCCGCUGACGGUGCCCUGGCACUGUAACCUCGGCGCUGCUCUGCUUAUGGCGCCCCAGCUCUACUGGUUCUCCCUCAUUUGCAGGGGCGCCCUGCGACUGUUCACGGGCACCUCCCGCUCGCAGAGGCCACACCCGACUGCCGCCGCCGCUAAGGAGCUCCAGAGGGAUGGCAACGCUCUGCCCCAGCCCGCCAACGGCUACAGCACGCUCCCCACAGAGCCCGAGCUGGCCACGCACUGAGAGGAGCGGUGUGGAGGGGAGGCCGGGGGCGGGGGAGGGAAAGAAGGCGAAUGUACCAAUGAGUAUGUAAAGGAAGGAACGCUGCAAGGGGGAAAGCGAGACUUGAAACGAGCUGAGACGGUGGCCUCAGAUUGUGCUGAAGUGCUUGUAGCCAGCAAAACAGUUAAACGCUUCAGCAGCUAGCCUUCAAGUACUUCAGCCUCUUAGUUUGUAGGAAACAUAAAGGAAGUGUUGGCGCGCUCAGUAUUUAAGAUGUCUUCGGGCACUGUGACAGACAGGAACAUGCACUGACUAGAGAGGAAGUUGCCUGGAUGUACAGCAAGCAUAGGUGGCCGUUUCCCCUCACGUAGAUCAAAUUCAGUCCUCUCUGCCUCGUGGAAGAGCAGGAAAAUAGGAAUGUAUUAUAUUGUAUGUUAGUAUGUUCGCUGUAGAUGGAAGGCCUAAUUCAGUUUAGUAAUGAAGAAGACCUUCAAAAAAGAAAAAGAAAUCCCAGCUAAACAGUAUUUUGACUUGUUAGUGUUUAUUAUCUGUAUCCUCUAUGUAGUCACUGUCACUCUAACAAAAAUGUAACCGACCUGCAGACUGACUCAUCUUUAGAACGGAGAUAAUCUCAUACGACUGUAUUCUGCUGCCUUAUCCCUCCCUCCUGCUCCCCUCCCCCUGAUUCUUUGCUGUUUCUUUAUGUUUUUUUAAAUAUUAUUAUUUUUUACUCUCGAGAAAGAAGGAAGAGGCUUUCCCUCGGACAGAAAAAUGUGAUGGUUGUACAUAGCAGAUGUUUUAAAAAAGAAGAAAAAAAAAGUCAUUCCAUGUCAGUAUUAGGUCAGUGUUUAUUUAUUUUCUUAGGCUUUGUCCGACUUCUGCAUCCGACAUUUUUGACAGUUCGACAUUAAGACGGAAACAUUUCACAGUCUUACAGCUUAGUGAACGCAAACUACCCUCAGAUAUUUCCACAGUGGUCCUCGUUUCAGUGUAGAUAAAGAUUGUGUAGAUUCCUUUUCAUCACUAUUAUUAUUAUAUAUUUUUUUUUACAUAUAAGAUGGUUACUUUUAAUUGUUUGGUGUUGUACAACAGCACCAAUUACUUUGCAGGAAUAUUUCACAAAGGGAUCUGUGAUGUUUGAGUGUUUCUAGCUCUGUUAGGGGGUCUCGUAAUGUCAAAGUUUGAAGGGGAACAACAAAGACAAGGAAGCACAUUUGUUACUUUUUUUUUUUUUUUUACUGUUAAGUCUGUGAGUUAAGCCUUUCAGCCCUGUAUGAAAUGUUCCAAUCAUUUGAGCCACUGGUUCUAUGAACCUUCUUCGAACAAACAAGCUUGUUUUGUAUGAUUUCAUGUUUGUUUUAAGUAGCUACACUUUUCUGGAAAUGGGUCAAGGAAACAAAACGGGAAAAAACAAAAAACUCAGACAGCUUAAAAACCAUCAAAGACAGGGAAGUGUGUGCCAAAGCAUCUGGAGAGCCAUGGGCAUGUUGAACACAGAAUAUCCAUUCCCCUGUUCCAUGACUUCAUAAGGUACUGCUUCUUGACAAUACUCAAAACAUUUCAACUGAUGUACUGUAUAUUCCACGAAAUGCUUGUUAUUUAUUUGUAAGUAUUUAUUAUUUAUUUAUUUAUUUGGUUUGUGGUUUUGAAUGCAUAUUUAUGCAUACAUAUUAUACUCUAUGCUUCUGAGCCUUAUGUGAAGGCUGUAGUGUUACUCAAUCUUAGCUAAAAUAUACUUCUCUGU